UAAAAAAAAUUCCUCUGCGCAAACUUCGGGAAAAAAUGAUUCCCCCACUGAUAAUUCCAAUCUACUCCAAACCAAAGCAGAAACAAUUACUUCUCUGAAAUUAGAUUUGAAGGAUUAUAUUAAUGAGGCCAACACUCCCGAGCAACUAAAAGAACGAAAGGGAAAUACGAAAGCAGUUAUUAGUAAAUUGAAAAAGUCACCAGGUCCUUCUGGCCCAAUACCAG